AUGGAUGCUGAGUGGACAUUAACUUUGCGGCAAGUAUUCCAGGACGUGCAGCUCCAAGCAGUUGAAACCAGUAGCUACCUUCGUAAUCGUAAUAAUGUUGCUCAUCAGCGUACACUCAUUCCCGCUGUGCGUCGUCUCAACACGCUCUUUAAUGAUGAAGUAAAAGACAGCAAGUGUGGUGUGGUAGAAGAGACUUUUGUAAUGUUUCUAGAUGAAUUAUGGCUUACGAUUGCUCGUGUUCUCGUCACUACGAAAGUAAGUGACGUUGUGUUACUGGCUGUGGCUUCGUUAGUCGGCGAGUUCUUUCGUCAAAAGAAGAGCAAGAGUAAAGAAAUUCAUGGAAAAACAGAAUUGCGUCUUGAGCUAUUAAAACGACUGAUGAACGCAACAGAGGCUGAAGAUCGUGUUGUACGCUUUCGUGCUUGUCAUAUGCUUCAGAUUAUCGUGAAUUCACUCGACGUUAUUGAGAAAGACCUAAAGAAGCAACUUAAAGAAACGAUGUUCAAGCGACUUAAGGAUAAAUUGACAUCUGUGCGGAUUCAGAGUAUUUAUGGAUUGAAAUAUCUCCAAGAAUCAGAUUCAGAAGACACUAUUACGAGGGAAUUACGCAUAUUGAUGGUUUCGGAUCCGGCUAAAGAUGUACGAAAAGCAGCAUUCACUACUUUAAUUUACUCGUCAGAACUGUACGAUGAGCUUCUUGUUCGUAUUCGUGAUACAAGUGAAGAUGUACGCAUAGCUGCAUUUCGUAUAAUUGGUACGACAGUAGCAUUUCAAGACAUUCCAGUGAAUGAUCGUACAUUUGUACUCGAUCAAGGAUUGCAAGAUCGUUCAGUACGAGUACGUCGAGCAUGUGAGCAAAUGGUAUUGAAAAAGUGGUUUCCAGCGUGUGAGUCAUCGCCAAUGUUGCUACUUAAAGCGCUAGAUAUUGAACAAUUUCCUGCUCUUGGAUCAAAAGUUUCGCAUUUGUUAUUACACGAUUUCUCUGAGCGAUCGCAAGGUAUUCUAACAAACACUGUCGAGUUUAAUGCGUUGGAUAUAAUGUCCAAGACAAAGGAUGCAAUUACUUUUGAAAGUCUCUUUUUCUGGAGAGAACAAUGUCAUUAUUAUCAAAAGAUUAACAAAGAUUUGGAAAAAGCAGCUGCAUUAGUGCCAAAUGUGUCGGAAUUUAGCAAAAUGCUUGUAGCAACGUGCAAUUCUGAGAACGAUGUGCUUGUGAUUGCGAAACAAUUGCUUGAAUUUGGCCAUUUGCUGGAUUUUCAAGAUGAAGUUGGACGUCGGAAUUUACUUGAUGCAUUGCAAAACUUGCUACGAAAUCUUGAUACGGACAGUCAGUUGAUUCAAGGCAUUAUGGAAUUAAUGGCGUUUAUCUAUUCGACGAGUUCGGAGCAAGAAUUUAUUCAGGUUGUGGCCGAAAUUGUUUCGGACAUGUAUGAUUCAGUGGAGAAUGACGGAGCAGCAUCGCAUCAAGAGGAAUCAGAGACCACAGCGUCACAACAAGAAGGGAUUACAAAUGAGUCGUUAACCAUUAAUUUUGGUCCACGAUUGCACAAAUUAAGUGAAGUAGAUCGUGAAGCUGCUGAAGCGAAGGUUGAAGAGCUUGAAAAAGAGCUCGAGACACUUGAGUAUAAUUCAGAAGAAUACACCAAGGUACAGACAGAGAUGACAGCUCUUGAAGUGCUUUUGCAAGAUCCUCGUGUCUUAAGUUGGCUUCGAUGUUUGGAAAUUGUCGCGCAAUUAUUAAAGCUCACGUCGCAUAAUUUAAGCGAUCCGAUUGUCGAUGGCAUGGGGCGAUAUAUCUUGCCUGCGAUUGAUAAUGACGUACCUGCGCUACGUGAAGCUGGAUUAGAAAAUUUGGGUCUUUAUUGUCUGCUUGAUAAGCGUCUUGCUGAACGAUAUUUGAUUGUCUUUUGGCGUGCAUUGAACAAUCCAGAAGAAGAGAAGGAAGUGAAACAUACGUGUGUUCAAGCGAUCUUGGAUAUGGCGUUUAGUUUCAGUAAAUUGGAACCUCAUAUCUUUGGUACGAAACAGGUGAAAGAUGAAGUGAGAGACGAAGUUAUCGAUGUCGAUUGUAGUGAAGAGAACGAAGCACCAAAUCAAGGAGAUCAGCAGAGUCAAGACAAGAAUAGUGAAGUGGAUCAGGAUGAAAAUAUGGAGAAAAUCGAUGAGUUCAAGACUACUGUGAGUUCGGAAAAGCUUGAUCUGGACACAAUUUUCAUUGGUCUUGGUCAGCUUAUGACUGUCGAUGAUGUGAAUCUUCAAAGCACACUUGUUGAAGGUUUUUGUCGUCUCUUCAUGAUGAAUCGAAUUGAUAGUAUUACUGUCUUGGCUAUUCUACUCGAAACAUACUUUAGUCCUGAGCUACAAAAGAUGCAACAACAGCGUGAACAUGGUUUUCAAUCACGCUCACUUCAGCUCUUAAGUAUUUUUUUUCCAGCUUUUGUACUCGCGACACCAGCAAAUUGUAUGCUGUUAGAAGAAGCUGCAACGCAUUUAAUUCAAAAAUCGAUGGAGAAAUGGGAAAUUGAGAACGAAUUAAUGCUCGAUUUGAGUGCUUGUGCAAAGUAUGUGAUGCAUUUAUUAAGUCACGAUGCUCAAGAAGAACAUAAAGGACAUGAAGUAAUGAAACGAGAGUGUGCACAUCAUAAUCGGAUUGGAAUAACGAUUUGUUUGGAAAUACUGGCGUUAGAAAACGUUGUGAUUCAGACGUCGAUUCGACAAGAUAUUGUAACAAUUCGUGAGAAAGCUUUGCUUAAAAUUCUUGCGUAUAUCGAUGUUUCUAUGGCUGAACGACGUUCAGCUGCGUUGUUUUUGUAUCUUUUACAUGAGAUCACGUCGAAAUCUUUCGAUUCUCAAAAAGGAUUAUUACGAAGUGCUGAAGCGACACUUAAACGUGUGAGUGCGAAUCUGACGAACGAAACUGAAGAUGAAAACAAUGUACAAGCUCAAGAUCAAGCGUGGGCUCAUACUUUAGUUAAAGAACGUGAAGAGAUAUUGUCGAAAAGUUUAAUUAAAGCAAGUCAAGAGUAUGAAAAGUGGCUUAAAAAACAAGAGCGCGAGAAGAAACGACGGAAUUUACGAUUUCUUUCUUCGGAAUCAGAGAGUGAAAGUGACGAAAUGGAAGAAAUUACAACAAGACGUGAAUUAUCUUCACGUCGGAGUAAGACAGUUGCUGUUAGUCGAAUGCAAGCGAAAGAAGGAGAAUUUGAAGCAAAGAUACAAAGAGCAUUGGAUCAAGAUAAACGAACAAGUGAAAGUGAAGAAAUGAGUGAAAGUAGUGAAGAAGAAAUGAGUGAAAGUAGUGACGAAGAAAUGAGUGAAAGUGAAUGA